GUAGAGGCUGGGGGAUGAGGCAGAGGCAUGUCACCAAAAAACGGCACUGGAAAAAGUUCAGACAAUGAGAACAUGCGAGUAGCCAACAACACCACAUGGAGAGUGGAGACAAUCUGGCAACACAGGAGUUUUGAGCUGCCACUGUCGAGGGUAGAUGAGGAGCAGACUCAGAGAGUGUGGAUCGAGAAAACUUUCCAGAAGAGAGAAUGUAUCCAGAUCAUUCCCAGCAAAGACGCCAGCAGGUGCAGCUGUGGUCAGCUGGUGGCGCAGCACAGCGCCGUCCCUCAGGGGGCCAAAGAGGACGGGGCUCCCCUGGUUCAGCUGGAGAUCCAACCUACAGAGAGAUGGACUGCUCUCAAACACACCCAGACGUCCCCCACCGACGCCUACGGAGUCAUCGAGUUUCAGGGAGGAGGACUUAUCAACAAAGCCAUGUACAUCCGAAUCUCCUACGACUCUAAACCAGACAACCUGCUCCACCUGAUGGUGAAGGACUGGCAGCUGGAGCUCCCCACACUCCUCAUAUCUGUACAUGGAGGCCUGCAGAACUUUGACCUGCCGCCCAAACUGAAGCAGGUCUUUGGGAAAGGACUGAUCAAAGCAGCUGUGACCACCGGAGCCUGGAUCUUCACCGGAGGAGUCAGCACUGGAGUGAUCCGACAUGUUGGAGAUGCCCUCAAAGAUCAUUCUUCAAAGUCCAGAGGAAAGGUCUGCGCUAUCGGCAUCGCACCGUGGGGCAUCGUGGAGAACAAGGAGGACCUGAUUGGGAGAGAUGUGACUCGGCCCUAUCAGACCAUGUCCAACCCACUCAGCAAGCUGUCUGUCCUGAACAGCAGCCACUCUCACUUCAUCCUGGCCGACAACGGGACCAACGGAAAGUACGGAGCCGAGGUCCGACUCCGCCGGCAGCUGGAGAAACACAUCGCUCUGCAGAAGAUCAACACACGUCUGGGUCAAGGAGUCCCUGUGGUGUGUCUGAUCCUGGAGGGAGGUCCAAACGUCAUCUCUAUCGUGUUAGAGAGUCUGAAGGAGGAGCCUCCAGUCCCCGUUGUCGUCUGCGAUGGCAGCGGCCGCGCCUCUGACAUCCUCUCCUUCGCACACAGAUACAGCGACGAUGACGGGGUGGUGAGUGACAGUGUCAAAGAUCAGCUGCUGGUCACCAUCCAGAAGACCUUCAACUACAGCCGCAGCCAGGCGCAGCAGAUCUUCCUCAUGGUGAUGGAGUGCAUGAAGAAGAGGACUCUGGUAUGAUAUGAUGACACCUGAUGCUGAGGUCCUGUGUGUCUGCACAUUUUCAUUUCACUCCAAUAAAACUGUUUUUCACAACUGG